AUGAGUGAUAAGAUACAAGUCGACCUUUUGAUUGUUGGGGCUGGGCCAGCUGGGUUAAUGGCCGCGGCAUGGAUGGCACAGACUGGAGUGAAGACCUUGUUGAUUGACGAACAAUCCGACCACAGGACCAAUGGCCGUGCGGAUGGGUUGGAAAGCCGAACGUUGGAGAUCCUAGACAGCUUUGGACUCGCCGACAAGGUCUGGGCGGAAGCAAACCAUACGGUAGAGAUUUGUUUAUGGUGCGAUUCAGUCGAUGGUCCUAUCCGAAGAGACAGCAUAGCGCCAAAUUCGAAGGCCGGGUGGUCUCGGUUCUACGAAUCGACUCUUGGUCAAGGCCGGAUUGAAGACAUCGUGUUAGAGCUUGUUCAGUCUCGUGAUAAUAUUGACAUAAGACGAGAAACCAAGCCCACAUCGUUGGAUAUUGAUUACUCUUGUAUUGAAGAUCACAGCACCUACCCAAUUCGGAUGGCUUUGGAUACUCCUCUUCGUACAAGUUAUGAAUCACCUCACGAUAGCGGUAUUUCUACUCCAAGCACUAGCAGCGAUGAUGGAAUGCAGCCUCAUAAUAGCGACUUACGGCAUGGACGGUCGGGUACGGAAGUUGAAGCAAAGUAUGUGUUAGGUUGUGAUGGAGCUCACAGUUGGCUCCGAAAGCAACUCGGUCUAAAGCUGGAAGGACAAAGCUUUGAUCAUUACUGGGGUGUCUUAGACAUUGUCCCUAUUACGAACUUCCCUGAUAUACGAAAGAGAUUUAUUGUGAAAUCGAAAUUCGGCAAUCUCAUGAUGAUUCCACGGGAGGGGCAACUUGUCCGAGUAUAUGUUCAGCUUCCACUCACCAUGGCCGAUCAGUAUAACAUGGAGAAAGAUCCGGGGAUUAUCUUGCGCCAGGUGGAGGCGAUCAUGAAGCCAUAUUCUUUGAAGGCGAAAAACACUAUAUGGUCCACAGUUUACAGGGUUGGCCAGAGAAUCUGCCCAAAGAUUUCGCACCAUAAUCGUAUAUUCCUUGCUGGCGACGCAUGUCAUACCCACUCACCCAAAGCGGGCCAGGGGAUGAAUGUCAGUAUGCAAGAUACAUACAAUCUCGGCUGGAAGCUUGCUUCUGUGAUUCAGGGUUCCUUAACUCCAAAUAUUUUAGACACAUACCAGCAAGAGAGAUUGCCAGUGGCAGAACGGCUACUUCAGUUCGACCGUCGCAUUUGCCACGCCAUGUGCAGCACUAGAGACCUUCAAAGCUCUUUGCAAGGCACCUUUGGUGAGGACCACAGAAGAGCCCUUGAAGAGGAAAACUCUUCGGCAUCUGGCCUCGCAGUAUCAUAUUCUCCAAACCUCCUCGUCACUUCCACCAUCUGCAACACCGACGGACCUUAUGAAAUAUCUUAUUUUAGCAAACAAUACCUUGCUGAAAAUAUACGAGUAGGUACUCGAAUUCCGAGCAAGCUGGUCUUACAACAGAUUGACUCGCAAUCCUGUCACCUCCACGAGCUUUUCCGAAGUACGGGACAAUGGAACCUGAUCAUAUUCGGAGGUGAUAUUGUCAAUAAAUCGCAAAUGGCUCGUGUUCGCAACUUAGCCGAUUCUCUAUCUUGCAAGGAAUCAUAUUUUCAUAGGUUUAAAACUGCAAGAGAGAUGAAAGGAGACAUUGAGCCCAUUGUUGUGUACCUGCUGCACUCUGCAUGCAGAAACAGCAUUGACUUCUUUGAUCUGCCAGAGAUCUUUCGGCCUGAAAGUAAAUACGGCGGCAUCAACUUUGGCCGGGCCUUAGUAGAUAAUGAAUUCUACCAUCAACCUGGGGGUGGAGAGUUAUAUAAAUCGUUUGGCAUCCAUCCAGAGGGAUGUAUGGUUCUAUUGCGACCAGAUCAACAUAUUUCCUUCAUAAGUGAACUGGAGGAUUUCAAUGGUCUGGAAAUGUUUUUGUCUUCAUUUACACAAUUAGACUGCUGA